GUGACGCUGACGAUGGAAACAAAAAGGCAGAAGAGGAACCACAGCAACCGCUUGAGGAUACUGAUAAGAGUCAGGAAGAAGAGACAAACAAGGAGAAGAGUGAUAAGAGGGAUCAAGCAAAUGGAGCCAGUGACAAAAAUGAAGGCGAAGGAAUGGAAGAGGACGAAGAAGACGAAUAUGAGGUUGAGUCUAUCGUGGAUCAUAAGAAAACCAAGAAGUUGAGAUAUUCUUCGCCGGUAAUAUUAAUGUAUGAAGUGGUAUUUUCUGAACAGGGUAGAAUGAAGUAUUACAUCAAAUGGAAAGGAUAUCCAUCGGAUGAAAACACAUGGGAGUUCAGUGACAACCUUAAUUGCUCCGAUCUUGUACAAGCAUACUGGCUAGAGUCGAAAGAGAGAAAUAACGUUAAAGAUAAAAAGAAGAAACACAAGACCAAAGGGGGAUCCUCGAAACGUUCAGAAACACCCGAACCUGUAGAAGAAAAAGAUGCCAAGCGACAGCGAAUUAGAGAGAGAACUGACGAGAAUGAUAAAACGCGUCGAAAUCGAGCAAAGAACACAAGGGAGAAAUCGGAUAAUGAAGAAGAUGAGGAUUGGGAUAACCAAAUUACUUCAGUUGAGACUGUAACGAGGGAUGAAAAGUCAAAUGAAUUAAUGGUUUAUUUGCGUUGGAAGAAUGGUGACACGUCUAAACAUACCGCCAAGGAGGCUAAUAGGAAGUGUCCCCAGAAAAUGAUAAAGUUCUAUGAACAACGCUUGACAUUUGCGCCCGCAGCAGAUAAGAAGGCUUGA